AUGAGGAGCACAAUCGCCAGAUCUUGGGCAAGUUUCGAGACGCUUAGCGACGACGACCCGACAACCAGCCCCUUCAACGGAAUUGCCAGUUCCAUAAUUCAAGAUGAGUACGUCCGAUGCCGAAACAUCGCACCGCGAUCCUCCGCAGCGUCGAACAACUUCAAACUAACAAUCGCCACAGCUAAGGGUACCUCGAGCUUCGGAAAGCGCCACAACAAGACGCACACUCUGUGCCGUCGUUGUGGCAAGCGGUCUUUCCACAUCCAGAAGUCGACUUGUGCCAACUGCGGCUACCCUGCUGCCAAGACCCGCAAGUUCAACUGGGGUGAGAAGGCUAAGCGCCGCAAGACCACCGGCUCCGGCCGCAUGCGCUCCCUGCGCGAUGUCCACCGCCGCUUCCUCAACGGCUUCCAGACCGGUACCCCCAAGGGUGCCCGUGGCCCCGUCACCAACUAGAUUCCCUUUUUCGUCCGCUCGGCGUCGCGUUUUCGUUAUCGGAGAGGCUGGAAUAGGAAUGAGGGGAGGGAUCCUGGCAUGACAUGAAUUAGCAUUACGGGAUAGCAUUACUCGAAAUGCAAUGGCAGUUCCGGACUCUUAUCGCUUUCCCGUGGAGUUGGUGGUGUGUACAACUAUCGAUCACGUUGGUUCUCUUUGCCACGCCAAGGAUGACAAAGUAGAACUUGCGAGACGAUGAGAAAAGUUUCGUUGAGGGGCUCUUCUCUACGGAAAAGAGCUGGAUUAAAAAAACCCUGGGAAAGCGUGAAUGAAUUUCCUUUUUUCUUCGUUUAUGGCUGGCGAAUAUCCCAUGUCAUGACAGAUACAAUGUGAAGACUCUUCCUACCAUUUCAUGAUCUGUUCUACUCAGUACGAGGCUCUUUGGUGGACGCAGAGAC